GCUAGUUAGUUUUCUAUGGGAUUUCAAGAUGGCGUCGAGUGGAGGAGAUGGGGAACACGAAUGGACAGCGGCAGUACGGCCGCUUUUAUCAGCUUCGUACACCGCUUUUGAAACGAAGGAGCUACCUCAGCUUAUUGGGUCUAUAAUCAACAGUGAAUCAGACAUCCUUCACCAUGACAAACAGUAUGAGCCUUUCUACUCAUCAUUCGUGGCACUCUCUGCACACUACAUCACCACAGUAUGUGGGCAAAUACCGAGAAAUCAGCUGCUGUCGGUUGCUGCAGCGUGCAAAGUAUUGAUUGAAUUCUCACUGCUGCGCUUGGAGAACCCAGAUGAGGCAUGUGCGGUAUCACAGAAACACCUGAUUCUUCUAAUAAAAGGUCUUUGCAUUGGCUGCAGCAGACUAGAUCGCACAGAAAUCAUUACUUUCACUGCUAUGAUGAAAUCUGCCAAGUUGCCUCAAACCGUCAAGACCCUUUCAGAUGUGGAAGAUCAGAAGGAGUUGCCCAGUGCUGUGAACCCAGAACUUCGACAAAAAGAAGUACAAAUGAACUUCUUUAAUCAACUGACUUCAGUUUUUAACCCUGACCUUACCACCAUCUUGGCCUCCCCAUCAGCAGCACACAUGCAGGCAGAGAGUGAUUGCGAUGACCAAACCACAGAUCAAGCCAUUCAGGCCAAAAUGAAAAAUGCCUUUGUCUCUCAGAAUGUGUCAAGCUUACAGGAACUUGGUGGGUCUGAGAAGUUGCUUCGUGUGUGCCUCAACCUGCCCUACUUUCUGCGCUACAUCAACCGUUUCCAGGAUGCUGUAUCAGCCAACUCUUUCUUCAUCAUGCCUGCUACAGUGGCUGAUGCCACUGCUGUCCGCAAUGGAUUUCAUUCACUGGUGAUAGACGUAACCAUGGCUUUGGACACACUUUCCCUGCCUGUACUGGAGCCCUUGACGCCAGGGAGAUUACUGGAUAUGACCGUGCUGGCUUUGAGCUGUCUCUAUGCUGGUGUGAGUGUUGCCACUUGCAUGGCCAUUCUGCAGGUAGGUAGCGGCUUGCAGCUUCGCUCAACCUCCACUGGGACUAAAGAGGAGGACUAUGAAAAUGACGCAGCCACAAUUGUCCAGAAAUGUCUGGAGAUCUAUGAAAUGAUUGGACAAGCCAUCAGCAACUCCCGCAGAGCUGGAGGAGAGCAUUAUCAGAACUUCCAGCUGCUUGGAGCCUGGUGCCUUUUAAACAGCCUGUACCUGAUUCUUAACCUGAGCCCCACUGCCCUGGCGGAUAAAGGGAAAGAGAAGGAUCCCCUGGCUGCCCUGCGUGUCCGUGAUAUUGCUGCUCGCACAAAGGAUGGUGCAGGAUCACCUAAACUUGGUCCUGGCAAAGGACACCAAGGGUUUGGUGUUUUGUCAGUUAUCCUGGCAAACCACGCCAUCAAACUUUUGACUUCGCUUUUCCAGGAUCUGCAAGUUGAGGCUCUGCACCGAGGUUGGGCGAGUGAUGGGCCUCCAGCUGAGCUCAACAUCAUGGCACAGAGCACUUCCAUCCAGAGGGUCCAAAGGCUCAUCGACUCCGUGCCCCUGACCAAUCUACUCUUCACCCUUCUCUCCACUUCCUACAAAAAGGCUUGUGUUCUCCAACGCCAGAGGAAGGGCUCCGUCAGCAGUGAUGCCAGCGCUUCCACAGAUUCAAACACCUACUAUGAGGAUGAUUUCAGCAGUACAGAGGAGGAUAGCAGUCAAGAUGAUGACAGUGAACCCAUCUUGGGGCUUUGGUUUGAAGAGACAAUUUCGCCCACCAAAGACAAAGUCGCUCCCCCACCCCCUCCACCCCCCCCACCUCUGGAGACCUCUCCCAGACUGAAGAGCCCCAGCAAGCAGAAUCCAAGUGAGAAUGGCAACAUUUUAGCUGGCCGCAAAGACCCAGAACUGUUCCUCAGUUUAGCUUCCAGCAUUCUGAACUUCAUCACCACCGCAAUGCUCAAGUCCAGGAACAACUUCAUCCGCAACUACCUGAGCGUGUCUCUUACAGAGCAGCACAUGGCUACACUAGCCAGCAUCAUCAAAGAUGUGGACAAAGAUGUCAAAGGCUCCUCAGAUGAAGUGUUUUCUUUAGCUCUAUAUCACUUCAACCACACCCUGGUAACAUCAGAUCUUCCAUCCCCGGCCCUGCAGAGCACCCUUCUUCAGCAGUUAGGUGUUGCGCCCUUUUCAGAGGGUCCCUGGCCUCUGUACAUUCACCCUCAGUCACUAUCCGUGCUCUCCAGACUUCUACUCAUAUGGCAGCACAAAGCAAGUGUGCAAGGGGAGCCAGAUGUACCGGAGUGUAUGAAGGUCUGGGAAAGAUUUUUGGGAACUUUGAAGCAGCACACUAUCCAGGGUUCUGUGCCUGGAGAAGACGACCUUAAUGUAGAGCACCUCCAGCUCCUGCUGCUCCUUUUCCACAAUCUGUCAGAACGUGGUCGGCGGUCAGUCCUGACCCUGGUCACCCAAGCCAUCACUGAAGUGGCUCAGAGCAAAGAUUCUCAGCUGAAGGCAGUGCCCCUCAACCUGGCCCGCCUGUGUCUGGUUUUUGACUACCUGCUGCGCCACUACUCCAAGGCGCCCUUGUACCUUUUUGAACAGGUGCAGUAUAACCUCCUGACCCCACCAUCCACCGGGCCGAGUUCUGUUCAGGAAGGUGGCAAACGCAGCGGGCUCCCACUUUACUAUUUUUGGAUUAAAGUAGAUGAGAAAAUAAUAUUCUAUUUUCAUGCAUUUCAUCCUUUCUUAGAUUCAAAUAAUCAGCCCAAAUUCUACUGUGUUCUGUCCCCUGAGGCAUCUGAAGAUGAUAUCACCAGACUGGACAGCAAGGUCUUUCCAAAGCUGUUCAAUGGAGCAGUUAAAUAUGAUGAACUGUAUGCGUGGCUCAUCUCACUGCUGGUGGCAGGCUCUCAGUUUGACACAGCAAAAAGACAGGAGAACAAGCCAGUCACUCCUAUGGAGGCAUGCUCCCUUCAGUACUACUUCCUGAUACUGUGGAGGAUCCUGGGUGUUUUACCACCCUCAAAAGCCUACAUGGAGCAGCUAAAGACUGGCUGCAUCGAUCCCAGUGAGAGUGACAUCCUGCACACCCUGCGAUGGUCCUCACGUCUCCGGGUCUCUACCUACGUAAAUUGGAUCAAGGAACACUUGGUGAAGCAGGGAAUGAAAGCAGACCAAGCAGCCUCUCUGGUUGAGAUGACGGUUGCUAAGUGCAGCACCGUUAAAUACGACGUGGAGCUAGCAGAGGAGUACAUUGCCAGACAGAUUUCCACCUUCUCCAGUGUAGACCCGAACGCCAUCCUUCCACUUGAUCAGUUACCCUCUCUACAAGCCAUCUAUACACUGGAUGCAGUCAUCUCUAAAGUGCAGGUUUCCCUCGAUGAGCAUUUGUCCAAGGUUGCCAUUGAGGCAGACGCCCACAAGUCAUCUGAGGUCACAAAGAACCUACUGCCUGCCACACUACAGCUUGCUGAUGUUUACACAGCAUUUACAAGGUCUUACUUACUACUGAACAUCCCAGACGAAGGGGAGAACAAGCUUACAGAGGCCAAGCUCCAAGGUUAUGCUGCAGUUCUGUCUAUUGGCUCCACCCGCUGCAAAGCCAACCUGCUGGGUCAUAAUAUUAUGCAGAACCUACCAUCGGCUGUACAGACAAUAUGUGAGACUUGGAACGGCAUCCACACCAAUGAAUUCCCCAACAUUGGCUCAUGGCGAAAUGCAUUUGCCAAUGAUACCAUUCCAUCAGAGAGCUACAUCAGUGCCAUCCAAGCAGCUCACCUGGGCACAUUGAGUUGUCAGUCCUUGCCUCUGGCCUCUUCUCUUAAACACAUCCUGCUCUCUUUGGUUCGCCUCACUGGCGACCUCAUUGUCACAGAGGAGCUGAAUCCUUCACAGGUUGUGCGCACUUUGCUGCCCCUCCUCCUGGAGAGCAGCACAGAGAGUGUAGCUGAGAUCAGCAGCACCUCACUGGAGCGCAUCCUUGGCCCAUCAGAGUCAGACGCCUUCCUAGCCCGCAUCUACGAGCGUUUGGUCACCGGGUGUUACAACAUCAUUGCCAAUCACUCAGACCCAAACAGUGGUUUGGAUGAGUCUGUCCUUGAGGAAUGCCUUCAGUACCUUGAAAAGCAGCUUGAGAGCAGUCAAGUCCGUAAGGCCAUGGAAGAGUUCUUUUCAUUCAGUGGUGAGCUCGUCCAGAUUAUGAUGGCAACAGCCAACAAAAGUUUAUCAGAAAAGUUCUGCAACAGGGUGCUGAAAUUCUUCACCAAGCUUUUCCAGCUCACGGAGAAGAGCCCAAACCCCAGCCUGUUGUGUCUGUGUGGCUCUCUGGCCCAGCUGGCCUGUGUGGAGCCAUCUCGUCUGCAGUCCUGGCUGACUCGAAUGACGGCCACCCCGCCAAAGGACUCUGAGCAGCUGGAAAUAGUGCAAGAAAACCGACAGCUCCUGCAGGUGCUAACCACUCAUAUUGUGCGUGACAACAGCCAGGUGGGCGAAGGAGUGUGCACUGUCCUCCUCAGCACACUCAUUCCCAUGGCAACAGACAUGCUGGCCAAUGGUGAUGGAACAGGCUUUCCUGAGCUCAUGGUCAUCAUGGCAACACUUGCCAGCGCAGGACAGGGGGCCGGUCACCUGCAACUGCACAGGGCAGCUAUCGACUGGCUGACCAGAUGCAAAAAGUAUUUAACACAGAAGAAUGUCGUGGAAAAAGUGAGCACAAACAUAUCCCAAGGAAAGCACGCCAGCAUGCUGGAAUGCUCGUGCCACAUCAUCUCCUAUCUGGCUGAUGUGAUGAAUGCCUUGCGGCAAAGCAGUGGCCAAGGCACCUCAGCACUGCUGAUGGAGGGAGAAGAGAAGGCCAUGGAAGUGGACUCGGACUGGGUGGAGGAACUUGCAGUAGAGGAGGAUGAUUCCCAAGCAGAGGACUCUGAUGAGGACUCCCUUUGCAACAAACUCUGCACCUUCACUAUUACUCAGAAGGAGUUCAUGAACCAGCACUGGUACCACUGUCACACCUGUAAGAUGGUGGAUGGGGUAGGUGUGUGCACAGUGUGCGCCAAGGUCUGUCACAAAGACCAUGAGAUCUCCUAUGCCAAAUAUGGCUCUUUCUUCUGUGACUGCGGUGCCAAAGAGGAUGGCAGCUGCCAGGCCUUGGUCAAACGCAGCCCCAGCAGCGGCAUGGGCUCCACCCUGAAAGAGUCUUCUGCCUUCCAGAGUGAGUUGCGUAUGCCCGACAGUGCUAUUCGCCACCAGAAUGCCUCACCUUCCGACAAGGGCAAGGUCACCAUCUGUGAUGGCAAACCUGGUGAUGAAGACAAACCUAAGAAGAGCAGUGUGUGCAAGAGCAUUGAGGGCUGCCAGGAAGAGCUAGUAUCACAAGUGAUGGGAUCAUCCACUGCAGCAGUCAUACUAGAGAUGCUCAUGUUUCUCAUGGAAGCCAUCCAGACCAACUUCCAGCAGGCAUCAGCAGUGGGAAGCAGCAGCCGGGCUCAGCAAGCACUCAAUGAACUGCAUACUCAGGACAAAACUGUGGAGAUGACUGACCAGUUAAUGGUGCCCACACUCGGCUCUCAGGAAGGGGCUUUUGAGAAUGUGAGGAUGAACUACAGUGGUGACCAGGGACAAACUAUACGCCAACUCAUUAGUGCGCAUGUCUUGCGUCGUGUUGCCAUGUGUGUCCUGUCUUCACCCCACGGCCGCCGCCAGCACCUUGCAGUCAGCCAUGAAAAGGGGAAGAUAACCGUUCUGCAGCUGUCCACUCUCCUGAAACAGGCUGACUCGAGCAAGAGAAAGCUAACACUGACCCGACUGGCCUCUGCUCCAGUCCCUUUCACUGUCCUCAGUCUCACAGGCAACCCUUGUAAUGAGGAUUACCUGGCUGUGUGCGGCCUCAAGGAUUGCCAUGUACUAACUUUCAGCAGCACAGGCUCUGUGUCAGACCAUUUGGUGUUGCAUCCACAACUAGCAACUGGCAACUUUAUCAUCAAAGCCAUUUGGUUACCAGGCUCACAGACUGAACUUGCUAUCAUCACUGCUGACUUUGUCAAGAUUUAUGACUUAUCAGCAGAUGCCCUGAGUCCUAUGUACUACUUCCUGCUCCCAAGUUCCAAGAUCCGUGAUGCUACCUUCCUGUUCAAUGAAGAGGGUAAAAACAUCAUCGUCAUCAUGUCUUCAGCAGGUUACAUGUACACCCAGCUCAUGGAUGAAUCCAGCAGUGCCCAACAUGGCCCUUUCUAUGUCACAAAUGUAUUGGAGAUAAACCACGAAGACUUGAAGGAUAGCAACGGGCAGGUAGCUGGCGGUGGUGUGUCUGUCUAUUACUCCCAUGUGCUUCAGAUGCUUUUCUUCAGCUACAGCCAGGGAAAGUCUUUUGCUGCCACAGUGAGCCGCAGCACCACUGAAGUGCAAAGGCUCUUCCCCAUCAACGUCAAAGGCUCGAAUGGCGGCAGCAGUAAGAUUUCGCCUGCUCUGUGCCAAUGGUCUGAGGUCAUGAACCACCCAGGCCUGGUGUGCUGCGUGCAGCAGACAACAGGCAUACCGCUUGUCAUCAUGGUCAAGCCAGACACCUUCCUCAUCCAAGAGAUUAAAACUCUGCCAGCCAAAGCCAAGAUUCAAGAUAUGGUAGCUAUCCGACACACGGCCAGUAAUGAGCAACAGCGUACAACCAUGAUUCUUCUCUGUGAAGACGGAAGCCUGCGAAUCUACAUGGCCAAUGUUGACAACACCUCUUACUGGCUCCAGCCAUCACUGCAGCCCAGCUGUGGCAUCAGUAUCAUGAAGCCGGUCCGCAAGCGUAAAGCUGCUGCUACUACUACCCGGACCUCCAGUCAGGUGACGUUUCCAGUGGAUUUCUUUGAACACAACCAGCAGCUGACAGAGGUGGAGUUUGGUGGCAAUGACUUGUUGCAGGUCUACAAUGGACAGCAGAUUAAACACAGGCUUAACUCCACUGGGAUGUAUGUGGCCAACACAAAGCCUGGGGGAUUCACUGUGGAAGCAGUCAACAACAACAGUUCAAUGGUGAUGACGGGUAUGCGGGUGCAGGUGGGCACUCAAGCCAUUGAGAGGGCUCCUUCCUACGUGGAGGUCUUUGGACGCACCAUGCAGAUAAACCUGACGAGAGCCCGCUGGUUUGACUUUCCCUUCACCAGAGAGGAGGCCCUGCAGGCGGACAAGAAGCUGUCUAUCUUUAUUGGAGCAUCUGUUGACCCAGCUGGAGUCACCAUGCUUGAUUCAAUCAAGAUCUACGGUAAAACCAAGGAGCAGUUUGGCUGGCCUGAGGAUCCACCAGAGGACUUCUCCUCUGCCUCGGUUAACAAUGUCUGCAGUCCCAACCUCAACCAGGGCAAUGGCACCUCUGAUGGAGACAUAGCCACUCCAACCACCACCAGCGGCACUGUGCUAGAAAGGUUGGUAGUCAGCUCCCUUGAGGCUUUGGAAAGCUGCUUUGCAGUAGGUUCAUCCAGUGAAAAGGAGAAGAAUAAGGCUGCAGCACUGGAGUUGGCCACUCUACUCCUGUCCAUGCCGACCCCGGCAGGUGUGCAGCAGCAGACCAAGGGACUUCUUGCCAGCCUGCACACCAGUCGAACUGCCUACCACAACCACAAGGACCAGUCCUUGCUGAGUAACGCAGUGCAGUGUCUGAAUAGUUGCAGCCGUGAGGGGAGGGAGCUCGACCCUGAUGUUUUCCAGAGGCUCGUGAUCACUGCCCGCUCCAUUGCAAUCAUGAGACCCAACAACUUGGUGCAUUUCACAGAAACAAAGUCAUUACACCAUGACUCUGAAAUGACAGAGGAUGGGCAAAAACAUGUGGAUGGUGAAAGUUGUAAUUUCAUCACGCAGCUGAUGAAUAACUUCUGGAAGCUCCAUGCCCUAAAACCAAAGAACGCCUUUCUUGCUCCUGCUUGCCUGCCUGGCCUAACUCAUGUGGAAGCAACAGUAAAUGCCUUGGUGGACAUCAUCCAUGCCUACUGCACAUGUGAACUGGAUUACAUCAAUGUUGCCUCCAAAAUCUAUAUGCAAAUGUUACUGUGCCCAGACACAUCUGUGAGCUUUGCUUGUAAGCAGGCUCUAAUCAGAGUGCUUCGACCAAGAAACAAACGGCGACAUGUGACCCUUCCAUCUCCCCCACGCUCCAACACACCUAUGGGAGACAAGGAUGAUGAUGACGACGACGAUGCAGAUGACAAAAUGCAGUCUUCAGUGCUGACUGGAGGAGAAGAGGGUAGACAGGAGAGUCAGGAGCAGAGUGAAGUGGACCAUGGCGACUUUGAGAUGGUGUCAGAGUCCAUGGUCCUGGAGACAUCAGAUAAUGUCAACAAUGGAAAUCCAUCUCCUCUGGAGGCUCUGCUGGCUGGAGCGGAGGGUUUCCCCCCCAUGCUGGACAUCCCUCCUGAUGCAGAUGAUGAAACUAUGGUAGAGCUGGCCAUCGCCCUCAGCCUUCAGCAGGAUCAACAAGGCAGUAGCAGCAGUGCCCUCGGUCUUCAGAGCCUUGGUCUGUCUGGCCAGGCCCCAAGCUCCUCUUCACUGGAUGCUGGCACCCUUUCGGACACCACCGCAUCAGCCCCAGCAUCAGAUGAUGAGGGCAGCACAGCUGCCACUGAUGGCUCCACGCUGCGGACCUCCCCAGCUGAGCAUGGCGGCAGUGUGGGCUCAGAGAGUGGAGGCUCUGCAAUCGACUCUGUAGCAGGGGAGCACAGUGUGUCUGGACGCAGUAGUGCAUAUGGGGACACAACAGUGGAAGGCCACCCUGCGGGUCCAGGCAGUGUGAGCUCCAGCACUGGGGCUAUCAGUACCACCACAGCCCAGCAGGAAGGCGAAGGCUCAGAGGGAGAAGGAGAGACCGAGGGAGACAUCCACACAAGCAACAGGCUACACAUGGUUCGUCUUAUGCUACUGGAGCGCUUGCUUCAGCAUCUUUCUCAGCUCCACAACGUAGGUGGAGUCCAAGCCAUCCCUUACAUGCAGGUUAUCCUCAUGUUGACUUCUGAUCUGGAUGGCGAGGAUGAAAAGGAUAAGGGUGCCUUGGAUGACCUACUAGCACAGCUUAUUGCUGAGCUUUGCAUGCACAAGAAGGACGUUUCCAAGAAGAAUGAGCGUAGCUCCAUCAAUGAAGUUCACCUAGUCAUCAUGAGACUGCUCAGCGUCUUCAUGUCUCGAACCAAGUCUGGCUCCAAAUCCUCUUCUGAGUCAUCCUCGCUUAUUUCGAACGCCACAGCGACUGCCUUGCUCAGCCUGGGUGCUAUUGACUACUGUCUCCACGUGCUCAAAUCGCUCUUGGAGUUCUGGAAGAGCCAACAGGGUGAAGAAGAGCCUGCGACCACCAGCCAGCUCCUCCGCCCACACACAGCCUCCUCUCCGCCAGACAUGAGCCCUUUCUUCCUGCGCCAAUAUGUCAAGGGACAUGCUGCUGAUGUGUUUGAAGCCUACUCCCAGCUAUUGACUGAAAUGGUGCUUCGGCUGCCGUAUCAGAUCAAGAAGAUUGCUGACACCAACCCACGUAUCCCACCUCCUGUCUUUGACCAUUCCUGGUUCUACUAUCUGUCUGAAUAUCUCAUGAUUCAACAGACACCAUUCGUCAGGAGGCAAGUCAGAAAGCUGUUGCUGUUUAUCUGCGGCUCAAAGGAAAAAUAUCGUCAGCUGCGCGAUCUGCACACUCUUGACUCCCAUGUUCGCAGCAUCAAGAAGCUCCUGGAGGAGCAGGGCAUCUUCCUCCGGGCUGGUGUGGUCACAGCCACGUCUGGGUCAGCUCUGCAGUAUGACACACUCAUCAAUCUAAUGGAACAUCUAAAAGCUUGUGCAGAAAUUGCCACUCAGAGGACGAUCAACUGGCAGAAGUUCUGCAUGAAGGACGACUCUGUGUUGUACUUCCUGCUCCAGGUCAGCUUCCUAGUGGAUGAGGGUGUUUCCCCAGUACUUUUGCAACUGCUCUCCUGUGCCCUUUGUGGCAGUAAGGUGCUGGCCAGCUCCUCCUCUUCAUCAUUCUCAGGAGGAGGAUCGAGUAGUGCUGGACAGGCAGGAGCUUCUCAGUCUUCUCAGAGCAAGUCCUCCAGUAAAAAGAGCAAAAAGGAGGACAGGGAAAAAGACAAAGAGGGUGAUGGAGUUGGCAGCCAGGAGGAUCAGCUGUGUAUGGCUCUGGUCAGUCAGCUUAACAAGUUUGCAGACAAGGAGACACUGAUCCAGUUCUUGCGUUGCUUCCUGCUGGAGUCAAACUCAUCUGCUGUGCGCUGGCAAGCCCACUGCUUGGCGCUUCAUAUCUACAGGAACUCCAGUAAAUCUCAGCAGGAGCUGCUACUGGAACUGACUUGGGCCAUCUGGCCUGAGCUGCCUGCAUAUGGCCGCAAAGCUGCCCAGUUUGUUGACCUGCUUGGAUACUUCUCACUCAAAACCCCUCAGACAGAAAAAAAGCUAAAGGAGUAUUCCCAGAAAGCUGUGGAAAUCCUGAGGGCACAGAACCAUAUCCUGACAAAUCACCCUAACUCCAAUAUCUACACCACUCUGUCUGGAUUAGUGGAGUUUGAUGGAUUUUUUCUGGAGAGUGACCCCUGCUUGGUGUGCAACAAUCCAGAAGUACCCUUUUCAAAUAUAAAACUGUCAUCUAUCAAAGUGGACACCCGCUACACCACCACACAGCAGGUUGUCAAGCUUAUUGGCAGCCACACCAUCAGCAAAGUCACAGUUAAAAUCGGUGACCUCAAACGCACCAAAAUGGUCCGCACCAUCAACCUCUACUACAACAACAGGACUGUGCAGGCUAUCGUGGAGCUGAAGAAUAAGCCCGCUCGUUGGCACAAAGCUAAGAAAGUUCAGCUGACCCCAGGACAAACAGAGGUGAAGAUUGACCUUCCUUUACCCAUUGUCGCAUCCAACCUGAUGAUCGAGUUCUCAGAUUUUUAUGAGAACUACCAGGCCUCCACCGAAACCCUCCAGUGUCCACGCUGCAGUGCCUCUGUGCCAGCAAACCCUGGAGUGUGUGGCAACUGCGGUGAGAACGUGUAUCAGUGCCACAAGUGCAGGUCUAUCAACUACGAUGAAAAAGACCCCUUCGGGGGGGCUGUGACCAACAUAAAUACCCUGCUGGACAAAGCUGACCGGGUUUACCAUCAGCUGAUGGGCCACCGGCCCCAGUUGGAGAGCCUCCUGUCUAAAGUCAAUGAGGCAGCACCAGAGAAACCACAGGAUGACACUGGAGCAGGUGCAGGACUUGGUACCUCCUCUGCUAAUGUGAACAGAUACAUUCAGCAGCUGGCUCAAGAGUACAGCGGAGAUUGCAAGACGUCAUUUGAUGAACUUUCCAAGAUUAUACAGAAAGUGCUUGCAUCUCGUAAAGAGCUCCUGGAGUAUGAUCUACAGCAGAGAGAGGCUGCCACCAAGUCAUCCCGCAGCAGCAGCAGCCACCAGCCCACCAUCACCGCCAGUCAGUACCGUGCCCUCUCUGUGCUGGGCUGCGGCCACACCUCCUCAAACAAGUGCUAUGGCUGUGCCUCAGCUGUCACGGGUCACUGCAUCACACUGCUUCGCGCACUGGCCACAAACCCAGCCCUCCGGCAGAUCCUGGUCCUCCAGGGUCUCAUCCGUGAACUGUUUGAGUAUAACUUGCGGCGAGGUACAGCAGCCAUGAGGGAGGAGGUGCGCCAGUUGGUCUGUCUCCUCACCAGAGAUCAUCCAGAGGCCACCCAACAGAUGAAUGACCUCAUCAUUGCCAAGGUGUCUGCUGCCCUCAAAGGCCACUGGGCCAAUCCUGACCUGGUCAGUAAUCUGCAGUAUGAAAUGCUGCUGCUGACAGACUCCAUUUCAAAAGAGGGAGGAUGCUGGGAGUUACGGUUGCGUUGUGCCCUCAGUCUGUUCCUCAUGUCGGUGAAUAUAAAGACGCCUGUAGUGGUGGAGAACAUUACUCUCAUGUGCCUGAGAAUCCUGCAAAAGUUGAUCAAGCCCCCUGCUCCCACAAGCAAGAAGAACAAGGAUGCUGCUAUUGAAUCCCUAACCACAGUCAGGCCCUACAGUAAUGAAAUCCAUGCCCAGGCCCAACUCUGGCUCAAGAAGGACCCCAAAGCAUCUUAUGAGGCCUGGAAAAAGUGUCUCCCAGCAAGAUGCCAGGAAACUGUGUCAAAGCCUCAGGGGAAGACUGAGUUGCGAAGGCAGUACCUGUUGGAGAAGUAUGUUUGGAAGUGGAAGCAGUUCAUGAGGUCCAAAAAAGGUGAAGGCCUCUUCCCUCGUCUGCUCAAACUGAGCCACAACAACUGGCUGCGACAGGUCCUUUUCACACCUGCCACUCAGGCAGCCAGACAGGCAGCUUGCACUAUUGUGGAAGCCCUUACCACAAUCCCCAGCCGCAAGCAACAAGUCCUGGACCUGCUCACGAGCUAUCUGGAUGAGUUGAGUGUAGCUGGAGAGUGUGCGGUGGAGUACCUGGGUCUGUACCAGAAGUUGAUCAAGCCAACACACUGGAAGGUUUACUUGGCAGCCCGUGGAGUCCUGCCCUACAUCGGUAACCUGAUCACCAAGGAAAUCGCCAACCUGCUGUCUCUGGAGGAGGCGACACUGAGCACAGACUUACAGCAAGGCUAUGCCCUCAAGAGCUUGACUGGAUUGCUUUCUUCUUUCGUCGAGGUGGAGUCCAUUAAGCGGCAUUUCAAAAGUAGGUUGGUCGGCACAGUGCUCAACGGCUACCUGUGUCUGAGGAAACUGGUGGUGCAGCGCACUAAGCUCAUCGAUGAGACUCAGGACAUGCUGCUAGAGAUGCUGGAGGACAUGACAACAGGUACUGAGUCUGAAACCAAAGCAUUCAUGGCAGUGUGCAUAGAGACAGCAAAGCGGUACAACCUGGACGACUACAGGACACCCGUGUUCAUUUUUGAGAGACUGUGCAGCAUCAUCUAUCCUGAGGAGAAUGAGGUGACAGAGUUCUUUGUGACACUGGAAAAGGAUCCUCAGCAGGAGGACUUCCUGCAGGGUCGCAUGCCAGGAAACCCCUACAGCAGCAACGAGCCUGGCAUUGGCCCUCUAAUGAGGGACAUCAAGAACAAAAUCUGCCAAGACUGCGACCUGGUGGCGCUUCUUGAAGACGACAGUGGCAUGGAGCUUCUGGUUAACAACAAAAUCAUUAGCUUGGAUCUGUCGGUGGCAGAGGUCUAUAAGAAGGUCUGGUGCCCUACAAAUGAGGGUGAGCCAAUGAGAAUCAUCUAUCGAAUGAGAGGUCUGCUGGGAGAUGCCACUGAGGAGUUCAUAGAGUCACUGGACUCAACCACAGAUGAGGAGGAGGAUGAUGAGGAGGUGUACAAGAUGGCAGGAGUCAUGGCACCGUGUGGAGGACUGGAGUGUAUGCUCAGCCGGCUUUCUGGAAUCAAAGAUUUUAAACAAGGAAGACAUCUGCUCACUGUUUUGCUGAAGUUGUUCAGUUAUUGUGGGAAGGUGAAGAUCAACAGGCAGCAGCUGGUCAAACCAGAGAUGAACACACUCAACGUCAUGCUGGGAACUCUAAACCUGGCUUUAGUGGCAGAACAGGAGAGCAAGGACAGUGGUGGAGCCUCCAUAGCGGAGCAAGUUCUGAGCAUAAUGGAGAUCAUUCUGGACGAAGCCAACGCUGAGAUUUCAGAGGACAAGGGUAACCUGCUGCUGACAGGAGACAAAGAUCAGCUGGUCAUGUUGUUAGACCAGAUCAACACCCCGUUUGUGCGCUCCAACCCCAGCGUGCUGCAGGGUCUGCUGCGCAUCAUCCCAUACCUGUCCUUCGGUGAACUGGAGAAGAUGAGGAUCUUGGUGGAACGCUUCAAACCAUGUUGCAGCUUUGACAAGUACGACGAGGAGCACAGUGCAGAUGACAAAGUGUUUUUGGAUUGCUUCUGUAAAAUCGCUUCUGGAAUCAAAAAUAACAGCAAUGGCCAUCAGCUGAAAGAUCUUAUUCUCCAGAAAGGAAUCACACAGAGUGCACUGGACUACAUGAAGAAACAUAUCCCGAAUGCCAAAAAUCUGGAUGCUGAUGUCUGGAAGAAGUUCCUCUCCAGACCAGCUCUACCCUUCAUUCUCAGAUUGCUCCGUGGUUUGGCUACCCAACAUCCCCCCACACAGGUGCUGAUAGGCACAGAUUCAAUAACCAACUUGCACAAGCUGGAGCAGGUAUCCAGUGACGAAGGCAUCGGCACGCUGGCGGAAAACCUUCUGGAGGCGCUGAGGGAGCACAGUGAUGUCAACCUGAAGAUUGAUGCCGCCCGCAGAGAGACCCGAUCUGAAAAGAAACGGAUGGCGAUGGCCAUGAGACAGAAGGCCCUGGGAACACUGGGCAUGACGACCAAUGAGAAAGGUCAGGUGGUGACCAAGACCUCACUGUUAAAGCAAAUGGAGGAACUGAUAGAGGAGCCAGGCUUGACCUGCUGUAUCUGUAGAGAAGGUUACAAGUUCCAGCCAACCAAAGUCCUGGGUAUUUACACUUUCACAAAGCGUGUGGCCUUGGAGGAUUUCGAAAACAAGCCUCGGAAGCAGCAGGGCUACAGCACCGUGUCGCACUUUAACAUAGUCCAUUAUGACUGCCAUCUGGCAGCUGUCAGGCUGGCUCGUGGGCGAGAGGAGUGGGAGAGUGCUGCUCUCCAGAAUGCCAACACCAAGUGUAAUGGGCUGCUUCCUGUUUGGGGGCCACAUGUGCCAGAAUCAGCCUUUGCUACAUGCUUAGCCAGGCACAACACAUAUCUGCAGGAGUGCACGGGCCAGCGGGAGCCAACGUACCAACUGAACAUCCAUGACACCAAACUGCUGUUCCUCCGCUUUGCUACCGAACAAUCAUUCAGUGUGGACACAGGCGGAGGAGGGCGAGAGAGCAACAUCCACCUCAUCCCCUACAUCAUCCACACUGUGCUCUACGUCCUCAACACUACAAGGGCUACGUCCCGGGAGGAGAAGAACCUGCAGAGUUUCCAGGAGCAGCCGUGUGAGAAAUGGGUGGAGAGCUCAUACGAGGUUGAAGGGCCGCACUAUUUCACCAUCUUGGCCAUGCACAUCUUGCCGCCUGAACGCUGGAGGAGUUCACGUUUAUACUUCCUACGAAGACUCUUGGUCAACGCACACGCCCGCAAGGUCUCAGCAGUCUGCACCAACAAACUCACAGAUAAAGCACCAAAGGAAUAUGCAGUCUAUCGCUCGCCUCUUCUCUUCUGGGGCCUGGUGGAUCUCGUCUACGACAUGUUCAGGAAAGUACCCACCAGCAACACAGAGGGGGGCUGGUCCUUCUCGCUGGCAGAAUAUGUCCGUCACAACGACAUGCCCAUCUACGAGGCCUCAGAGCGCGUGCUCCGGGCCUUCCAGGAUGAGCUCAUGCCCGCCGAGUCCUUGUCAGAAUUCUGUGAUGUUGUAGGUCUCCUCGCUGAAAUUGCAGACCCAGACCUCUUCCUGCAGGAUUUGUUGAACUCUUUGCCCUAAUGGCCAACCUCAACCCACACACACACACACACACACACACACACACACACACACACACACACACACACACACACACACACACACACACACACACCCUGCAAAUAAAGUUGGGACACCUACCAACUGAAAAAAAACAACCAGAUUUUCUCUUUUUACACACUGACCCAUGCCGAGUACACACACGGAGUAUACACCAUGCCUCUUACUCACUUCCCUCCCUCAUAUGACCUCUUCAAAUUAACUUUAAGCAGAAACUAUCUGUUGUCUAAAAAUCAUCCACUUUUGGCAACAUCUCUGUAAUGUUUAACACAAAAACACAAUGGCGGUAAAGGGGGGAACGCACUAAAAUAGAAUUUACGCUUUGCCCCUCUGAUUCAGUCUAGAGUUGAUGACUGAGUUUCUCGCCAAGCUUGAGACAAGAGAUCUGGGACUCUGCUGAGACAGGUUGUGUUACUGCCAGAAUGGCGAGCUGAGAGAAUUUAAUGUUAAAAAAAACCAAUAGUUGUUCGGUUGAUGGGAAUAACUCGUGAAUUCUGUUUUAGGUUGGAAACUUUUUUUGGCUUUCAAACCCCUCUCCCUCCUCCCCUAAUAUUGGGCUGCCAUGUUAAGUUCAACUAAAAAUGUUUGGGGAUUUGACCCACCGCGUGUUAAGAGUGGCAUUUGAUUUUAUCUUCUUUUCCCUUUUGUUUGUUUGGUUGAAGUUUGUUUUUGGUCAGAUUUUUUUUUUUUUAAAUGGCAGAAGGUUUCACUGUCACAUGGUUGCUAACCUGUCCUUUUCUCCGGGGCUCUUGCUGUUGGGUCUUCAUGUAGGUUCGAACUGGAAAUUGAGUGAGGGACAGAAUUUUUUUUUUGGAUUUAGUAUGUUUAAAGUUUAUUUUAUCAACCUCAAAAGCAAAAUGGGGAAAAGAACGAAUAGUUUUUUAUUUUUUUCCAUAAAGCUAUACCUUUGUGACAAAGUGAACUUUGGACUUGUGAAAGAUUCCAUUUGUUGCAAUGAAAUAUCAGACAUGUCUAAAUUAACAAUAAAACAGACCAACAUUAUAUCCUUCAACAUUUUUUUCUUUGACUAUUUAUUUUGUUGUUCAGUUUGAUUUCUUCCCCAGCAGUUUCUUUAUUUCUCGGGCCAACACUCUUGUGUCAAUCCCCAGAAUAGAUUCCUGGAAAGCAAAGUGCCGCUGAGUUUAAUCUUCAGUGAUUGAUUUUCAACAUGCAGACCGUUACUUUGGCGUCCAUGUACUUAAGCAAAAUGCAUGGUGUGAAGUACACCCAGUUUAUUGUUAAUUCGCAUAUUCCCGCUGCUACAAUGUUAAACUGUUGCUGAAUGUCUGCUUUUUGAAUUUAGCAUAUGAUUAAUAAAGCUGUAAUAAUUCCAAAUCA